CAUUCAUACAGAAAACCCCGUUUUGUGCAAAUAAGGGUUAAACCACAAAUAACAAAGAGGAAAUAGUAUAAGUUUAAAUUCAUUUUUAUUUUCUUUCAGACAUCCUUAAACUACAAUGGAGGGAAUGUUUACUGUUUCGCCCUAUGAAUAUCUAAAGUUCUCAGACAUGGAAGAAUAUUCGAACCAAGAAUCUACAAGACCAAAUAUUAAAGCUACACUGAACGUUAUUUGUGAGCAUUGUCAUGUUUGUUAGGAGUAUAUCACUUGUAUGUACCCUUUUAUACAAAAAGCUUACAAAUACCACACACAUUCAUUUUCAUUUUAUUCUCGCCUCAUAACUCAGUGUCCCUCAAUUAGAAAUUCAUGGAAUUCUUUGCAAAUACUUCAUGGGAAAUUAAUAAAACUUGGUUUUAACAAGAAUACUUUUCUUGGUAAUUGUUGUCUUGAUUUGUAUAGCAAAGUUGGAGCAAAAAAUGAUGCUUUAAAAGUAUUUAAUGAAAUACCCAACAAGAAUGUUGUGUCAUGGAAUAUGUGCUUGAAAGUGCUUGUGAAGUUUUGUGAUUUGCAUAGUGCACGAAACCUGUUUGAUGAAAUGCCUGAGAGAGAUGUUGUGAGUUGGAAUUCGAUGAUUUCGGGGUAUGGUUUGUAUGGGUUGUUUGAGAAUGCUUUGGGUGUUUUCUUGGAAAUGCAAAAGUAUGGUAUUAGGCCUAGUGGAUAUAGUUUUUCGAUAUUGAUUUCGUAUGUUGAGUUUGCUUUCCAUGGCAAGGAAAUACAUGGAAAUAUGUUAAGGUAUGGUGUGGAUUUGUCUAAUGUUGUUGUUGGGAAUACACUGAUUGAUAUGUAUGGAAAGGUUGGGCUAGUGGAUUAUGCUACUGGUGUAUUUUUAGCCAUGGAGACGGUCGAUGUUAUUUCAUGGAACUCGUUGAUUUCGAGCUGUUGUAAAUCAGGGUAUGAAGAUACAGCUCUAUCUUAUUUCUGUUUGAUGAGAGCUUGUAGAUAUUUUCCGGAUGAGUUUACAAUGUCGUCUGUGCUUAUUGGAUGUUCUAACUUGCGCUGUUUGGAAAAGGGUAAGCAAAUCUUAUGUCUUUGCAUAAAGAUGGGAUUUUUGUGCAAUACGAUUGUUUCAAGUGCAGCAAUUGACUUGUUUUCUAACUGCAACAGAAUUGAAGAUUCAGUUUGCAUAUUCAAGGAUUCAAAUAUUUGGGACACAGCUUUGUGCAAUUCGAUGAUUUCGAGCUAUGCUCUGAACAGUUUAGAAGAAAAUGCCUUGCGUUUAUUUGUCCUAACUUUGAGGGAGAAUAUUAGACCUACGGAGUUUACACUUAGUUGCAUUCUUAGCUGUGCUACAACCUUCCCUGUGGAUAUGGGGAUUCAAGCUCAUUCUUUGGUCAUCAAGUUAGGCUUUGUAUUAGAUCCAAUUGUUUCCACUUCACUUGUAGAUAUGUAUUCUAAACAUGGAUUGAUUGAUUCAGCCUCAAAUAUUUUCAGUGACCUCCUGACAAGAGAUUUAAUAUCGUGGAACACCAUGAUCUUUGGGCUGGCUAUCAAUGGUGAACCUACCAAAUCACUCAGCCUUUAUUAUGAACUACUUGAAGUCGGCGGUCAACCCGAUCGAAUAACGUUGACCGCUGUUCUGUCAGCUUGCAGUUAUGGUGGUUUUGUUGAUGAAGGUAUAGCUAUAUUUUCAUCAAUGGAAGAGGAAUAUGAAGUUAGACCUGGCAUUGAGCACUACACUUGUGUUGUGGACAUGAUGACCAGAGCUGGUAAACUUAAAGAAGCCGGAGAUAUAUUACAAAAUAUGCCUCAUGAGCCCAACAGUGAAAUAUGGGAAUCGAUACUUCUUGCUUGUGAUAUUUAUGGGGACUUGAAAGAAACUGAAAAGGUUGCAGGGAAGAUAAUGGAGUUAGCACCAGAAUCAUCUCUGCCUUAUUUGGUGCUAGCGCAAGUAUACGAGUCCAGGGGAAGAUGGGAGAGCCUUGUUCGGGUCAGGAAGGAGAUGAAAGAGAGAAUUGAAAAGAGAGUAACUAGUUACAGCUGGAUUAGUGUACGCAACUGUGUAAUCACAUUCGAAGGAAACCAAAUUCUUAGUUGUGGCAGUAAGGACAUAGGUAUCUAUUCAACAUUGAGGCUACUGACGGAGGACACACGGGAUAAAGAUUUAUGCCUAGCAGUUGCAACUGGGAGUAAUAGCUGCUAAACAGAUGAGUAUAGUAGCACUGAUGAAAAAGCUAAAUUUGAUAUUGAUUCUUAAACAGUGGGCAAAGCUUCACUGUUGAUGUGUGGGUUCGCUUUAAGUGCAUUCAAGGUCUGAAUCUGAUUCAUCUUUGUCUUUAAGCAAAUCUAGAGAUAAUAAGUGAGUAUAAAAGAAGGUUUUGCAUGACUUUGAAACUAGGGAAGCACUUUUGCUUUGACAUCUUGAUGAAUCAAGUUAAACUGACGUGGAUAAAGAUGGAGAGAUAUAUCAUGUGGCAAUUUGCAAUGAUGUGGUAUAAGAUUGUAUCUUUCAUUGUACCAAAACGGAAACAAGCUUUUCCAAACUUCAAAUUUCCACAUGUAUACAAUGGGGACCCAUUAAGGGUAAAAGGAUACUCUCUUUGUUUCAGAAUGCAGAAUUGGAGCAAUUCCAUAGAACUCAGAAUGUUGCAUCUGACAAAAACCUAUAUUUCGAAACUUAAGCUACCUAGCUGUUUUAUUUUGGCCCAUUAGAGAGGUAUUCACUUCAUCAACAUGAGAUCAUUCUUUCAGCUAGAGCAGUUUUAUGUGUCUUCAUCAAGCCACAAACAUCUUUAUAGAACAGUGAUUGUCAAGUAGCGGAUAUUACUCAUUGACCUCUCCAUGUCUUGGAUGCCUCAUGAUAGAGUUUGAAGGGUGAGAAAUGCUGGGCUUGACUGGAAGAUUAAAAGGUACAGAAAUUUCCAGUUCUCCAUUUAACCGCCAAAAGGAUCUGGAUGAAUGCUGCUUUCUAUUAUCGGUAGCUUCUUCUUCUUAAGUUUGUUAUCCUCCUAUCUCCGAUCAAAUUGUUUAUGUCCUGAAAGAUCUAUUUCCAAGGGCAUGGAAAAAGGGGACAAAAGAGGUCCAAUAUAGUUGUUAUUCUUGUUGUCCACCUCUUGGAAUAAGUUAUCUUAUUAAAUACUGUUUAAUUUGAACUUACUUUUGGCUAGAAAUUAUGCCUCUUUUGUAGAUGUAAUGUGAAAUCUAUAGAACUCUAAGUUGGAAAGGCCAAAAAAAAACAUUGAUAAUAUCGAAGAGGUCUAGAGGACAGUUGAGACCUUCAGAGAACUUGUGCAAAAUUUAUGUAGAAACCCUAAAGUUUAAUGACUCUUUGUAUUUUUCUUUUG